AGUUUUGGUGAAGUGAGAAAGGUACCGUUAAUCUUUUUUGAUCCCGAAAAAUACUAAAGAGAGGGAAAGGGUGAUACCGCGCUGCUUUGAGUGGACAGUGUUCAGGCGUUUGAGUUGGCCAUGGUCUGUGACGUCUGAGGAACAGUCAACAUGAUUGGAGGGCUGUUCAUUUAUAACCACAAGGGGGAGGUACUAAUCUCCCGCAUCUACCGAGAUGAUAUAGGACGGAACGCAGUGGACGCGUUCCGUGUGAACGUGAUCCACGCUCGUCAGCAGGUGCGCUCCCCCGUCACCAACAUCGCCCGAACCAGUUUCUUUCACAUCAAACGCUCCAACAUCUGGCUAGCGGCUGUCACCAAGCAGAAUGUCAACGCGGCCAUGGUGUUUGAGUUCCUCUAUAAGAUGUGUGAUGUUAUGACGGCAUACUUCGGCAAGAUCAGCGAAGAGAACAUCAAGAACAACUUUGUGCUCAUCUAUGAACUGCUGGACGAGAUCCUGGACUUCGGAUAUCCUCAGAACUCAGAAAGUGGAGCUCUUAAAACCUUUAUCACCCAACAGGGCAUUAAGGGCCAGCAUCAGACUAAGGAGGAGCAGUCUCAGAUCACCAGUCAGGUAACCGGGCAGAUCGGCUGGCGCCGUGAGGGCAUCAAGUACCGACGCAACGAGCUCUUCCUGGACGUGCUGGAGAGCGUCAAUCUGCUUAUGUCCCCACAAGGUCAGGUGUUGAGUGCCCAUGUGUCUGGUCGUGUGGUGAUGAAAAGCUACCUGAGUGGAAUGCCUGAAUGUAAAUUUGGCAUGAAUGACAAAAUCGUCAUCGACAAGCAGGGCAAAAGUGGAGGCACAGAGGAUUCCGGAAAGAGCAGCGGGAAGCAGUCCAUCGCCAUCGACGACUGCACCUUCCACCAGUGUGUCCGUCUCAGCAAGUUUGACUCCGAGCGCAGCAUUAGCUUCAUUCCCCCUGAUGGAGAGUUUGAGCUUUUGAGGUAUCGCACCACUAAGGACAUUAUCCUGCCCUUCCGGGUCAUUCCGCUGGUCAGGGAGGUGGGCAGGACAAAGCUGGAGGUCAAAGUGGUCAUCAAGUCCAAUUUUAAGCCCUCGCUGCUCGCACAGAAGAUAGAGGUGCGCAUCCCCACCCCUCUCAACACUAGUGGAGUGCAGGUGAUCUGUAUGAAGGGAAAGGCCAAGUACAAGGCCAGUGAAAAUGCCAUCGUUUGGAAGAUCAAACGAAUGGCUGGAAUGAAGGAGUCUCAGAUCAGUGCUGAGAUUGAACUGCUGCCCACCACCGAUAAGAAGAAGUGGACACGUCCCCCCAUCUCCAUGAACUUUGAGGUUCCUUUCGCUCCCUCUGGCUUGAAGGUGCGCUACCUGAAGGUUUUUGAAUCGAAACUGAACUACAGUGACCAUGACGUGAUCAAAUGGGUUCGCUACAUUGGUCGCAGUGGGAUCUACGAAACCCGCUGCUAAAUCAGGUUGUAGAGCCAAGAAGUCUGCCUUUCCGUCGUAUCUCUCUUCCACGUAUGCUACAUCCCUCUCUCCUGCCCCUCAACACCUCUGGAUGGAUUCAAACAGAGCAAACUGCAGAAAAAAUGCACAAAGUGAAACAUGGUUAUCUUAUCUGUUUAUGUAAGAUCUGUUGAUGACCAGGUCCACUGGAAAGAGCAGAGACCAAUUGGAGUUGUUAGAACCAGACUGGACUUCACUAGAGUCUCUCCAAUGCCCUGUUCACACCUGCCAUUAACCUGCGUCUUGGGUGAUCCGAUCACAAGUGGACAGCUCUAAGUACAGGUGUGAAUGCACCGAGGACGCAUUGAGGAUGCAUUGAGAUCCGAUCACUCAGACCACAUUCGGAGGUGGUCUUGGCUGCAUGUGGCCACAUUCUUUUAGCAGUCUGUAUGUGAAUGUGUCCCGGGCCGCAUUGAAGGACCACCUUCUCAACUGACGUCGUCUGCGUAAGCAAAAGUACAUACUUAUUCGCGCACCAACGGCGUCGUAUUUAAAAUUUCCGAAUAGCCCAUAGAGAUAUAUUACAAGUGUGUCAAACAUUUUGAGUGAUUUGGUUUGCCUAGAACACCCAGCCUGUAUUGUCUUGAUUUCAUCUUCUUUUAAUUUCCAGCAGACUAGGCACUGGAGGUGCAUUGCUGCCUCCCGCCGGUUAAAAACAACAAUGCAUUUGGUCUUUGUAAAGGGAAAUGAUGUACGUGUUUAUUUGCAUAUAGAGUGGGGAAGUGAGAUCCGAUCACAAGUGGUCACUCCAAGACGCAUGUGGAGAUGCAUUCUAAUGCCAGGUGUUAACUGACGUACUUAGAGCUGUCCACUUGUGAUCGAUCACCCGAGAGGCAUGUUAAUGCCAGGUGUGUUCAGGGCCCAAGUGUCUUUGAACCAUUCAGCCUGACUCUCCUACACUGCCUGAGACAUGGUAGUGGGCUUUAGUGAUGACAUUUGAGUUUCAGUUUGAGUCUGGGCUUUACAUCUGUGGUCAGUCAGUGGACACAGUUCUAGUAUCUGGCCUCACUUUCAGUAAUACAGUGACUGUUUAGUUCAUUCAUAAACACAUACCGGAAACACACUGUUUACUUGUCUUUAUUUCUCUUGAGAGAGAUUUUGUAAGGCUUAGUGUGUUGGGGUUGCAUAAAGGAAUCUUAGUCUGUUUGUGGAAAACUGAAGGGAACAAAAAUAACAUUUCGCUCCUCUGAUUUCUAUGUAAACCUAUCUGUGGUCAGUGAACUCACCUGCCUGUUUACCACUAACUGGCAUCUAACCAUUCCACCGUGUGAUCACAAGCUGCCUACACUUUACUUACAGGCUAAGACUAGUAAGAUUCACCUCAGUAGUGGUGGACAGACCUCCUACAGUUCAUUAAAGUGUGUCAGUUUUUUCUCUGGCGCCACACAGACACCCUGAUUCAUCUUUUGAACUAUGGUCCUCAGGAGCAUCAUUUUUAUGCUGUAUGUAUUAUUAUCAGAUUUAUGGUGUGUACAUUUGCAGCAGGAGGAAAACAACUGCAGGAUUUUACC